UGUAAUCGUUUCGGUGCGGCUCGGCUCACAGAUCACAGCGCAGCACUUAGAUGUAAAGACUGAUCCCUAACCUCCACCCCCUCCUCCAAAUAACCCGACGCAAGAAUGAAAAGCCAGCUCUUCCGAAAAUGAUUCUCGCAUCACACUAAUCUACCUGAUCACCUGACGCGACUCCUCCUAUUGCCCAUGUAACUGAGCGCUGGAUAUGGAAGCUUUGCAUUCGAACGGGUGCUGAGGUGGCCAAUUCGGUCCCGUGCACUUUGGGAAUAGGAUGGAGUAAAAGUAAGGUCCGUUAGAGAAGCGGAAAGAAAGAGAAGAAAGGUCCUCACCCUGCCUCGUCCCAAAUCUGUAUUAAUUAAUAAUGAAGAAGCCGAUGCUACUGGAGCGCUUCAGUCGGAAAAGACUCAUGCCUUAACGUUGUAAGAUCCCUGUAAAUUUGGCUUGAAAAGUGAACGCUUUAACGGCAAGAUGAUGGAGGCGUCCAGAAAUUCCUUCAAAGCCCUCAGCCUUAUUAAAGAUGUACAUCAAACUUGCGUCUCCCUUUCAACUUCCACAAAUGUUCCAGCAGAUGCUAGUUCAAGAUUUCCUGCUCAGAUGGCUUGAUAUCAGAGGCUCGACAGGAGCGGCAUCAUAAAUAUCCCUCUUUUAGGUUUUUGCUGGUUCGUGCUGUAUGAUCCUCAUGGCCUUUCUACUGGUAUCUGCAUUUUUCCUGGCAGCACAGACACAUGGUGCUCCAAAAGAAUAUUCUCAGCAGGGAGAAGGGGUAGUGCUGGAGACGCUUAAAUUGGAAAUUGGAUUAGCGAGUAAUGAAACUGAGAAUUACUCCUCUCAGGUUAAACCUCCAGGAACUAACAGGAGAAUUCCUCAAAGCAUUAUUAUUGGUGUGCGCAAAGGUGGAACUAGAGCUCUGCUGGAAAUGUUGGACAUUCACCCAGAGAUAGUAGUGGCUGCAACUGAAGUCCACUUUUUUGACUGGGAUGAGAACUAUGUAAAAGGAUAUGACUGGUACAGGAAUCUGAUGCCUUUUUCCUAUGAACACCAAAUCACUGUUGAGAAAACCCCUGGAUAUUUUACAUCAUCACUGGCCCCAGAAAGAAUUCAUGGGAUGAACAGCUCUAUCAAGCUGUUACUGAUUCUGAGGGAUCCUACGGAAAGAGUUAUAUCGGACUAUACUCAGGUUUACUACAAUCGGCUGGAGAGUCACAAGCCUGUUCAAGUGAUUGAAGAUAUUGUCAUAAGAAAUGGAGCUCUCAAUACAAAAUAUAAGGCCAUUCAGAGGAGUCUGUAUGAUGUCCAUAUGGCUAACUGGCUGAAGUUUUUUUCUUUGGAACAGAUACAUAUAGUAGAUGGUGACACUUUGAUAAAAGAUCCUCUACCAGAGUUACAAAAAGUUGAAAGGUUUCUUAAUCUACCCCCAAGAAUAAUGUCUACUAACUUUUAUUUUAAUCAGACAAAAGGUUUCUACUGUAUUCGCAGUGAUGGGAGGGAAAGAUGUUUGCAUGAAUCUAAAGGUCGUCCUCAUCCAGUUGUAAACAGCACUGUGCUGGAACAGCUUCAUGCCUACUUCAAAGACCACAACCAGAAUUUUUACAGAAUGGUAAAUCGUUCCUUUAACUGGCAUUAAAUAUCAGUCCUGACACUGCUUUCCUCUUCAUCUCAUAUGCAUUGAAGGGCAGAGCAGCAACGCUGCCAAAGGAAAGCGCUUUUCUCACAGUGACAAACCAGUAUUUAGUUUACCUGCUACUUUUCCUUCUUUUUUUUCUUAGAAGAUGCCUUUACAACACAUUGUUUUUACAGAAAAAUGUUAGAAACAGAAACAGUAGCUAGGGGAAGAAAAGUCUGAAAAUGAACUAAGGUAACUGUAUGUUAAUAUGCUAAUUGUAUAUAACUUUGUGAAGCUCAUUGAACUUUUUUGUCUUAAUACUUGUUCUUAAAUAAAUGGUACUGCUUUGACUUU